AUGUUUACGCAGGAGAUGCGAUUUGCCAGUCGAGUGAUGGCGGUUCUCUCCGCGGCUGAGAGGAGUCAGGUUGUCGGCUAUGAUCACUUAGAGCAUCCUGAUAUGCCCAAUGGAUUUCCUCGUCCCGCAGAUGGAAGGAAUCUCGCGGGCGCAUAUCGAGAUAAUGCCAUUAUCCCCUACUGUGGACGAAAAGUUGUCAAAUUCUCGCAGCAAGCCCAAAAAACAAUCUGGGACUUGAUAAAGAGAUUUAUCGAUUUCCUCCCAGAAGGACCGUUGAAUGCAAAGAUGGACGAUGUGAGAUAG